AUGUCAACUAUCAACACACUAUUUCAAAGUUUCAUAUUCCAUCCAGCUAAGCUGAAAACCCACAUUUCUCAUUACCAGAUCUCCUCCUCUUCCAAGUCUCCUCAACAACCCUAUCAUCUAUCAUCAACACGCUCAUUCAUCAUCAAUACACCUAUCCAUCAUCAGCAAAUUCAUCCAUCAAGAUGUCAGGCUGUUCCCUACAUCCAAGACCACUACACCAACUACCUCCCCCAGGUGGGCCUUGACGUGCACGCAACCGUGCUCUCGGCCUCCUCUCGAACCAUAAUCACCCAGACAUAUGAGAACCCUUCAACUACCAAGGCUAUCCCAGAAGUUUUCUACUCCUUCCCACUGUACGAAGUCUCAGUCGUUGCAGCCUUCGUCUGCAAAAUCGGCGACAAGACCGUCAAAGGCGUGGUCAAACCACGCAAGCAAGCCGAUGUGGAAUACAAAAAGGCCAAAGCAGCCGGCAAAACAGCGGCAAUUUUCGACCAAAACCAAGACGCCGCCGAUGUUUUCAGUACCCGUGUAGGAAACCUUCCAGCUGGCGAGAAAGUGCUGAUCGAAAUCACUCUCGUUGCGGAGCUGAAGCAAGACGCUCAGACAAACGGACCCCGAUACACGCUCCCCAUGAUCAUUGCGCAGCGCUACGGCUCUCAAUCAGCUUAUUCAUUGGACGCAUAUCCAUUAUCGCAGCAAUAUCAAAAUGGAGCUUCCAUCCUGGUCGACGUUAUGAUGGAGAGGGACUCGAAUAUAAUCUCCAUUCAGUCCCCCGGCCACCCAAUCAACGUACAGCUAGGACGGACCUCCAUCAUGCCCGCGUCCACACACGAACCCUGCUAUGCAUCAGUCAAGCUUCGCACAAACUCCACCAUGGAAGCAGACUUCGUCUUGAGCAUCAAUGCAACAAAGCAAGACCUACCAUGUGCCUUUCUGGAAAAACACCCCACACUGCCGAACCAACGAGCGCUGAUGGUAUCUCUUGUACCCAAAUUUCAAAUCCCAUCAGAUCCCUCAGAAAUCAUCUUCGUCAUCGACCGGAGCGGGAGCAUGGAAAGCAAGAUUCCCACCCUUCGAUCCGCAUUAGAGGUAUUCCUCAAGUCACUUCCAUCGGGGACACACUUCAAUAUUCUAUCCUUUGGAACUCAAUUCAGUUCGUUGUGGCAACAGAGCAAGCCCUGCAAUCGGGGUAAUCUCAAACAAGCCCUCGAGCUCAUGAGGUGUAUCCAUGCGGAUCACGGUGGUACUGAUAUCCUUUUAGCUCUCCACAGUGCAAUUCGGAUGAGCUAUAAAGAUAAAUAUCCCGAUAUUUUGCUUCUCACAGAUGGCGAGAUCUGGGAGCAAGAAGCAUGUAUCAAAUUCGUCAAUGAAACAAAGAAGACACGAUCUGCGAGAUUCUUCACCCUGGGAAUCGGCGAUAGCGUGUCUCAUGCGCUUAUUGAGGGUGUCUCUCGAGCUGGUGGUGGCUUCUCCCAGACUAUCCUUAACCUCGAAGAGCUUGAUAAAAAGGUCAUUCGCAUGCUGAAAGGUGCUUUGAUGGGACGUUUGUCAAAUAUCACUUUGGACUUUGAUUCACAGGAUAAUACCAUUGAGGAGGAGUUCAUGGAGGUCGAAGUACCCAAAUCCGUCGAUGGAGAUUCCGUGACUGAGAAGGGCGAGAAACCAAUUCCUCUCUUUGACGAAAACUACGAGGAACCUGAAUCAAUCCCCGAAGUCCAACAUAAACUUCCAGAACUCUCGAUUCCCAAAAUCAUGCACGUUCCCACCGAGCUCCCGCCUCUUUUCCCAUUCAUUCGAUCGACCGUCUACGUCCUCUUCUCUGAGGAACUCGUCUCUGUCCCACAAAAGAUCUUCCUUCGUGCCAACAGUAACAUCGGUCCUCUCGAGCUUGAGAUCCCCAUCCAGGAUGUCGGCGAGGGUCAAACUAUCCACCAGCUAGCCGCUAAAAAAGCGAUGAGUGAGCUCGAAGAAGGUCGCGGAUGGAUUCACUCCGCGAAGGAUCCUGCCAAAGAAUUGAUUACAGUGAAAUAUGAAAGCAUGGUUGACGAUCUCGUUCAAAGCGAAUGUGAAAGACUCGGUGCUCGGUUCCAGGUCUCAGGAAAACAUUGUUCUUUCUUGGCUAUUCACGAUAACCAAGACGAGGAUGUGAAAUCGGAAGAAUAUUUCUUUAUGUUCAUUGACGAUGAGACGCUUCCAACGGUCACGCCCCAUAGUCUUCCAUCCUCGCACUCCUAUGGUUCUCGAUAUAUGGGGGGGUCGGCUCGAUAG